AUGCACAGUCCAUCCGGAACACGGCCCAAGAAGAGACUCGCCUGCGACAGGUGUCACGCUCGAAAACUACGAUGCUCUGGUGACCUGGAUGGUUGCACACGAUGUCUUGGUGACGAUUUGGUCUGUGUUUAUAGCCCUGCUCUCAAGGUCGGACGACCUAGCAAGGCGUCGAUGGCCGGCAGAGAGAUACAGCAAACACAGUCUGUCCCCAACGCUGCGUUUUAUGGCGUUUCUGAUAGAGAUGCACUAACUGCGGAUUCGGGGAUAUCCAUGCCGCCAUCACCUCCACAGCUCGGCGAUAGUUGCAUUACAGAUCAUACAGCACUCUUCAACUCUUUCGACUUUACCAACACCUUCGACAACUUCAACGCCACACAUUCGUUUCUCGACAUGCCCAUUGAUGAAGAGCUGUGGCCUCUGGCGACAAGCACACCUGUUUCUUCGAACGAUCUCAACAUCGAUCCACGCCUAUGUGUAACGAAUGAAACAGCGAAUGCAUCUAGCCCGCUAGAAAGACUAUCGAGCCUCCAGCAGGAGCUUUUACGAACGAAACUGCCCCCCGUUCACGCGAGGGGCGUCGGCACUCAACCUCGGCCGGCGAAAUACACAGAAGCAGCCAUGCGACCCGUCCAAGAAACCCUGGGUGUCGUGACCGAGCUUUUACACCAAUGUGUGAAAAGUAAUGGCGAUGCGACAGACCCAGUCUGUUCCAAUUGGCAAACAGUCCUUCACCUGGUCCUGACGCCCCUGUCUCUUCUACUAUCUACAUACGAUCAGAUACUACAAGAGAUCCGUAACGCGCUGGACGACCCGUCUCUCCUUCACGAGGAGUCUCUAUUAAACGGCCAAUGGGUCCAAUCCCAGUCCGGCAAGCGUUUUGACGUUGAAGAUCCUGGCUCGCGUCAGAUCUGGGCCACUAGUCCUACCAACGAAGUAUCUGAUGUUGAUAAAUACGUUCAGUCGUCAGAUGCCGCCUUCCAAAGCUACCGCCACAUGAAUCCUCGCCAACGAGCUAAGAUCCUACUCAAGUGGCAUGAACUCAUCACCAAUGCACGACAAGACAUCGCCAAGAUCGUCGUGUUCGAAACCGGCAAACCGAUGGCAGAGGCACUCGGUGAGGUGGAUUAUGCCCUUGGUUUCGCUUGGUGGUUCGCCGGCGAGGCUGAGCGUAUUAGAGGGUCUGUCGCGCAGCCUUCCAUAUCCGAUCGCCGAACUUUUGUCAUCAAGCAGCCGAUCGGUGUAUGUGUUGCUCUUGUCCCUUGGAACUUCCCUGUUGCUAUGAUCAUCCGCAAGGUUUCGGCUGCUCUAGCGGCAGGAUGCACCAUGAUUGUCAAACCGUCGCCUGAAACACCGUUUAGUGUUAUGGCCCUGGCAGACCUUGCCCUUCGCGCGGGUCUGCCCCCUGGAGUGCUUAACGUUAUCUCAACUGAUAACGCCAACACCCCAUCGGUCAGCGAGACACUCUGCAAACACCCGCUUGUCCGCAAGGUUACCUUUACUGGUAGUACUGCUGUAGGCAGCAUCGUCGCAAGACAUUGCAGCGAGGGACUGAAGAAGGUCACUAUGGAAUUAGGUGGUAAUUGCCCUUUCAUCAUCUUUGAUGAUGGCGAUCUUGAGCAAGCAGUUGCAGCUCUUAUGAUACUCAAGUGGCGAACAGCAGGCCAGGCUUGCACCCACGCCAAUCGAGUCUACGUCCAAAGCGGCGUUUACGACAAGUUUGCGCAGAUGAUGCUCGACGCGACGAACAAGCUCCGCGUGGGACAUGGAGCUGAUUCCAGUUCUACUAUGGGGCCACUGACUACUGCUCGUGGUGUUGACAAGGUCAAGAAACAUGUCCAAGAUGCUGUCAGCAAGGGAGGAAAGGUCCUUUGUGGAGGCAAACAGCCACAGAAUCUGAAUGGGUACUUCUUCGAGCCAACCAUCAUUUCGGGCAUGACCUCGGACAUGCUCACAACUCAAGAAGAGAUCUUUGGACCUAUAUUAGGUCUGUACAAGUUCGAGACCGAAGAGGAGGUUGUGAAGAAAGCAAAUGAUACGUCGAUGGGUUUGGCAUCUUACUUCUUCACCAGAGACGUCUCCCGAACAUGGAGACUUCUGGAAAGCUUAGAAGCUGGAAUGAUCGGGAUGAAUACAGGUAACGCCUCUUGUGCCGAAUCUCCAUUUGGUGGAAUCAAAAUGUCAGGCUAUGGCAAGGAAGCCGGCAAGGAUGUGGCUAUUGAAGAAUACCUUAUCCAGAAGACGGGCACUCUGACAGUUGAGGAGGGGCCCAAGUUGUAA